GGCUACGGCAAGUCAGAGGUGUGUGUGUGUGUGUGUGUGUGUGUAUGCCGGGCCGCCCAGUCUGCCUCUGGCGGUGUAACCAUAGUGUAAGGUGGUGGGGACGAGUGAACAGGCGGAGUGCGUACCUCCUACACCCUCCUUUCCCAUUCACAUCCAGCAGUCAGUGGACCCCUCUUGGAGUUUAAGGUGUGGUGGUGUGCGGCGUGACAGGGACAACACAGAUGAUUAUCAUUCAUUAGAGAAAAACAAACGAAGAACAAACAAGAAGUAGUGUAAGCAAGAGUGCAUGUGUGUGCUAUGCCCGAGAGUGCACAAAGCAAACAAAUUCUGACAAUGGAGAUGAACGAAUCUGCUGCUUCUGUGUCCUUUGGCAAAAAGAAUGGCUGCUAUAUUAAAAGGAGCGUGGCAAUGCUACUAACGAUCCUGUUUGUGAGCUCACUAGUGGCAACAGGGCUCCUCGUCUACUACUUGGCACCCAAUGUCAACCAGACAUCAAACAACUACCGUGGAAGAGGCCUCGAACCUGCAGAAGGCGAUGAUACAAUAGAAGGCAGCUCCCCAGCCACACAUUCGUCAGACGAAAAAGUAAAGGACGUGAGGCUGCCUACCUCCCUCCGACCACUGCACUAUCUGGUUCGCCUUCAGCCUUUCAUCAGGAGCAAUUUUAGCAUCGCAGGCUAUGUGGAGGUGGAGGUGGAGGUGGUGAAGGAAACCUCUGUCUUCACUUUCCACAUGGCAGACAUCAUCACCCACAAUGACACAGUCAAGGUAGUGGAUGUCGAAAAUCGGAAUGGGAAGGGUGUGAGCAUCAUGAAGCAGACAUAUGACAAUCAACGAGAGUUUUACCAUGCCCACCUCCAACAACCACUGACCAAAGGCCACCGAUAUGUGCUGUCUAUGGAAUUCACAGGUUACCUCAAUGACCAGUUGCAUGGUUUCUACAGGUCUUCAUACAAAGACACAACAGAAAAUGAGAGGUGGCUUGCUGUAACACAGUUCCAGCCGACAGAUGCCCGCCGAGCCUUUCCAUGCUUCGAUGAGCCAGCCAUGAAAGCCACGUUUGAGGUGUUCCUGGCAAGGGAGACAGACAUGUCCGCCAUCUCCAACAUGCCCAAAAUAAAAAGCCAGCCAAUAGAAGGUCAGCAGGGGUGGAUGUGGGACCAUUUCAACACCAGCGUUCCCAUGUCCACCUAUCUUGUGGCAUUUCUUGUGUCCGAUUUCUCAUCAAAGGAGGUCACCACACAGAACGGAGUGUCCUUCAGGACGUGGGCACGAGAGACUGCCAUCAACCAGGCAAAUUACUCACUUGAAAUUGGCUCAAAAAUCCUCACCUUCUUUGAGGACUACUUCAGUAUUCCAUACCCACUCCCAAAACAAGACAUGGUUGCCAUCCCAGACUUUGCAGCAGGUGCCAUGGAGAACUGGGGGCUCAUCACCUACAGGGAGACAGCGAUGCUUUAUGACCCAAAGGUGUCUUCAGCCUACAACAAACAGCGGGUGGCAAUAGUUGUGGCACACGAGCUGGCUCACCAGUGGUUUGGGAACCUGGUAACCCCUGAAUGGUGGACAGAUCUGUGGCUCAAUGAGGGCUUUGCAAGCUUCAUGGAGUAUGUGGGCACUGACCAUGCUGAGCCAGAGUGGCAAAUGAUGGAGCAGUUCAUCGUAAUAGACUUACACAAGGUUUUCAGGCUUGACUGCCUUGAGUCCUCCCAUCCCAUCAGCAUUCCUGUUGGUCAUCCUGAUGAGAUAAAUGAGAUAUUCGAUACCAUCUCUUACUCCAAAGGUGCUUCAAUAAUCCGGAUGAUGAAAUUUUUCCUGAUGGAGGCAACCUUCCGUAAGGGUCUCACCAACUAUCUGAACACCAGAGUAUAUGCCAAUGCAGAGCAAGAUGAUCUGUGGGACUUCCUGACACAAGCUGCCCACCAGGAUUUGACACUUGCCAAGGAUGUCACUGUCAAGACUAUCAUGGACACCUGGACACUACAGAUGGGCUACCCUGUUGUCAAGGUCACAAGAAGUGCUGAUGGGACAUCAGCCACAGUCACACAGGAGCGGUUCCUGUUGAGGAAAGACGCCAACUCCACUGACACUCAUGUCUACAGGUGGUGGGUGCCACUCUCCUACACCACACAGGCCACUGCUGACUUCAGCAAGACAGCACCCUCAAGGUGGCUCUCAAAGACUGACUCUAAGAUCACAAUCCAGUCCCUCCCAGAUAGUAGGCAGUGGGUGAUAUUCAAUUUACAGGAGACUGGCUACUACAGAGUCAACUAUGAUGAAAACAACUGGAAGCUGCUGAUCAAGCAGCUCAAAGCUGAUCACACCAUGAUCCAUGUCAACAACCGUGCACAGCUCAUAGAUGAUGCACUCAACUUGGCACAAGCAGGUCAGUUAUCAUAUUCUCUGCCACUGGAUCUUGCUGCUUAUCUGAAAAAGGAAACCUCAUACACACCAUGGGCUACUGCUCUGGACAACUUGAAAUACAUUCAUAAACUCUUCUCCCGCACUGGAGCUUAUGGAGCUCUUAAGGAUUUCAUGCUCAGUCUGCUUGAGCCACUGUACAAGUCUGUUGGGUUCCAAGACUCUCCAACUGACCCUCAUAUUGACCAGAGCAAGCGAGUAAAGAUGUUGAAGUGGGCCUGCAAACUGGGUCAUGAAGACUGUGUGACCCAGUCUGUCAGCCUCUUCAAACAGUGGAUGAUGAACCCAAAGAGUGACAGCAUCAUCUCCCCAAACCUGAAGGAUGUGGUGUAUUGCACUGCCAUAGCUGCAGGCAAGAACAAGGAAUGGGAAUUUGCAUGGAAUCAAUACCUCAACUCAAAUGUUGGCUCUGAAAAGAGCAGAAUACUCAAAGCACUUGGCUGCUCCAAGAAAAUCUGGAUCCUGUCAAGGUAUCUUGAGAUGGCCUUCAUUGAGGACUCAGGCAUUAGGAAGCAAGAUGUUGUCCAGGUGUUUGAGUCUGUGGCCUUGAAUGAAGUGGGACGAGACAUGGCCUGGACCUACUUGAGGGAUCAGUGGCAUAACAUUACAGACUAUAUGGGCAGUGGCCUGUUCACUUUACCUCGGCUGAUCAAAUCUGCAACUGAUGGCAUGAGCAAGGAAUUACAUCUUAAUGAGCUCAAACAGUUCCAGUCAGCCAACAAAGACCACUUGAGCACUGCCAGGCGUGCUGUAGCCCAGGCUAUUGAACGUACUCAGAACAAUAUUGAAUGGCUGAACAAAAAUGGCCCAGUAAUCAUUCAGUGGCUAGCAGAUAAUGGUUACUCAUCAAAGCUCAGGAGUGAUUAAAAGUUUGUGUGUGUAUUUACCUAGUUGUAUUGUACAGGGCACGAGCUAAAGCUUAUUUUUUCCUGUUUCCAUAACCAUAUUUAUCCAGUUUCUCUUUAAACAUGUAUACACUGUUUGCCACAACCACCACUUCCUUCACAUCAUUCCAGAUUUCAAUAGUGUGUGUGUGUGUGUGUGUGUGUGUGUGUGUGUGUGUGUGUGUGUGUGUGUGUGUGUGUGUGUGUGUGUGUGUGUGUGUGUGUGUGUGCAUGCACACAUGCGCAUUAUUGAAGUGUGAGGUGUGACGUGCCUAUUCUCAUACUACUUUCACUUUCCGUAUAUCUUCAUUUUCUCUAGUAUUCCUAUACACAUCUUUAUUGAUACAGAUACUUUGUUUCUCAACAUACUCAAAAUCAUGUUUCUGAUUUGUUGCCCAAUUAUACCUUACAACAAAGAUAUUUUUUUAUAUUACAACAGGAAUUUUUUUCCAAUUAAUUAUUUUCUGCUUUUCUUUCAAAGUACAUGUCACAUUCAUUCAUUCUGUUCAACUGGAGGAAAAGAUUAAUUUUAAUAAGAGAACAAAGAAAAAGGAAGAUAUCACAAUAUAUUGCUGAGAGAAAAACAACAGAAACUUCCUGUGGACAGAAAAUAAAAAAUACAGUAAAAUCCCUCUUAUCCGGCAUCAACGGGACCAACAUGCCAGAUACUUGAAUAUUGCCAGAUACUUGAACAGAAGUGAAAUUAUGUCCACAAUCACCACCCUACACUCAUGCAUCUUACCAUAUCAAAGAUCAGCUGAUCGCCAUGCCGCGCGUCGCCACCCGCGCUGCCACCUCACACUCACCAACACACAGUUGUAGCAUUGGGCCUGUAAUUUUAACUCCUGAUCUUUUCAAGCUGAACCACUCGUAUAACACUUUGUCCAUCAUUUCACCAUGAUGAUACUGCAGUGUGUGACGAUUUUCCGCUGCCUUUGGGGUGUCGGUGGCUUUCAUGUAAUCCCGCAACUUUUUCGUUUGGGAUUUAAUGUCAUAAAUAGUUGAUGAGCCCACACCAUAUUCCGCCAUUAGUUGCUGUCUGCUUUCACCUCUCUCUAAUCGUCGACAAAUGUCUACCUUCUGCUUAAGUGUAAGCACAACACGCUUCCUCUUUUCUACAACUUUAGGCAUGAUGAAGGCGUCAGGCGAUAAACAGUGCACAUGUGGGACUGAGUCACUGAGUAAACACAGUGCAGUGGGCCGCGGGUGGCACGAAGCAGUGCGCUCUGGUGGCGAGGGGACAAAGUAUGCCUUACGCGGGAAUUUUAAUCGAUUUUAUGAGUACAUGUUGAUUUUUUAUUGAUUUUAGGGCUCGGGGAAAAAUGUGCUGGAUACCUGAAGCUGCCGGAUACUCGAAUGCCAGAUGAGAGGGAUUUUACUGUAUUGACAGAUUACCUGAAAAUAUAUUUCUUCUAAUUUU